UUAGUUACUUAGUUACCUUCCAACACUGUCAGUCUCUGAACUAACAGAAUUUAUUCUGGCACUGAUCUACUUCCGUACAUCUCGCCUGUAAGGGUUUUAUUUUAAAUAUACAGACAGGAAGCGCCGUCGUUUAUCGCGUGCAACUUGACGUCAGCGCGCGGCGGCAGCAGGAGGGAGCGGCUCUGAGAGAGCGACGUUACCGGAGAACCGGAGAGAGAGAGCGCAGCGGAGCGGACGGGUGGAUGACUACAGACAGUCAGGAUGCGUGAAUACAAACUGGUUGUUUUAGGAUCAGGAGGAGUCGGAAAGUCAGCUCUGACUGUCCAGUUUGUUCAGGGAAUUUUUGUGGAGAAAUAUGACCCGACGAUAGAGGAUUCCUACAGGAAGCAAGUCGAGGUCGAUGGACAGCAGUGUAUGUUGGAGAUCUUGGACACAGCAGGAACAGAGCAGUUCACGGCGAUGAGAGACCUGUACAUGAAGAACGGUCAGGGUUUCGCUCUGGUUUAUUCCAUCACGGCUCAGUCCACCUUCAACGACCUUCAGGACCUCCGCGAGCAAAUCCUCAGAGUGAAGGACACUGAGGAUGUUCCCAUGAUCCUGGUUGGAAAUAAAUGCGACCUGGAGGUGGAGCGUGUGGUGGCCAAAGAGUCAGGCAUCGGCCUUGCCCGCCAAUGGAACUCCUGCGCCUUCCUGGAGACUUCGGCCAAGAGCAAGAUCAACGUCAACGAGAUCUUCUAUGACCUUGUGCGACAGAUUAACAGGAAGAGUCCGGUUCCAGGGAAAACUCGCAAAAAGUCCACCUGUCAGCUUCUCUAAUGACAGAGGAGACGAGGAGCUUAGAGCGAGGAACCACAGGUGUAUCCUCUGCGGAAGCUGUUUACCAGACAGCAACACCUCUUUGAUCAAAUGUCUUUAUUGAUUGGUCAGCUGAUCUGACGGGACAGUAAACAGUUGGGCUGUUGGAAACAGCUUUACUGCAAUAUUAAUAUACAUGAUUACAAUACAGUAGAUCAGGAAAAAAACACCUGUGAAACAGGAAUGACGGCACCAACGGCAUCCAUUCAUAUUUGUUCAUAAAAUAAAAAUAACGUGUGUAGAAUCUCUCACAAACUAAAUAAUCAGUAAUUUAUUUAAACAUAUUCUGUAGGCUGUAGCAGUUUUUUUUUGCUCUUUUACGUCUGUUCUGUUCCUUUAUUAACUAAAGGAUUUAAAUUGUCUAUUAGUGUCUUAUUCUUAUUCUGACCUAUAAUCAAAUAAAAAAUUGGAGCAGUUACCAGGUGUCAGCUGUUUUCCUUUUAAACCGUUAAUUAUUUCUACAUAUUGGUUGCUGACUUCUUCAUAUUUGACAGUGGAGGUGAUGUGCGUCAUAAGUAGUUGGUGUCUCCUGAAAAUGGUGCUAGAGUGAGCGAGGACGUCCUGUUUGGUGAAUUAAAUUCCUUCAUCCUCUCGUCUCUCGUUCGCAUCCUCAAUGGAAGAACCUAAGACUUGAGGAAGAGAUGCGAGUGAGGAAAGUGGGGAGCCACGUU